AUGGAGGGGGAAAACUAUCAAGUAUUAGUAAAAUACCUUACCGAGUUAGUCGUACCCUCCGAAUACAAUAAGUUACAGUGCCGAAAACUUAGAGCUCAAGCCCGAUAUUUUCUAGUACGAGAGGGAAUUUUAUACCGAAGGACUAAGGAAGAAUUGUUAAAACCAUUAAGGGUUGUCCAGCGAAAUGAAGUACGAAUUGUUUUGGAUGCUAUACAUGGAAAUGCAAUAGAUCAGGGUUCGCACUUCAAUAACCGAAUAAUUGCUGAUAUUUGUGCAAGCUUAAGUAUCAAACAUAGAAUGUCAUCAAGUUACCAUCCUCAAAUGAAUAGUCAAGUGGAAAGAUUCAACCGCACUCUAUGUGGAAUACUAGCGAAAAAUGAAUUUGUUCAAUUAUCUUUAUUCGCUUACCGAACGGCACGACAUGGGACCACUAAGUAUGAACCAUUUUUCUUGACAUAUGGACGGGAGGCUCGAUUACCUGUAGAAUCCGAAGUAGAAACCUAUCCAACCGAACCAGCUAAUGAAGAAGGAGAACAAUUAGCUAUCGUUGCUAGAAUAGUAACUUUAAUAGAUAAUUUAAAGGAAGCGCGUGCUAUUACUUUGGAGAAUAUCAAACGAUCACAAAGAAAGCAGAUAUUGGACUAUAAUAGUCGACACUCCCUACAUAGCUUCUCUAUCGGUGAUAAAGUAUGGCGUUAUCAGGCAAAACUCGAUAGUCGAAAAGGUGGAAAAUUAGAACCACGAUGGCUCGGCCCGUACUGA